CACAAGUCUCCGAAAUCAAUCAUUCCAGACUGAAUUAGUCAACCAUGGAGUCAGCAUUAUCCCCCAAAUCCAUCAUCAACGUCGCCGCCAUCUGCGGCUCCCUCCGCAAAGCCUCUUACAACCGCGGCCUAAUCCGCUCCGCCAUUGAUCUAACAACCAACCAAUCCGUAACCGGAAUGUCAAUCAACUACAUCGACAUCUCCCCUUUACCAAUGCUCAACACAGAUCUUGAAAUCGACGGAAAAUACCCACAAUCCGUCACAACUUUUCGCGACCAAAUCCUCCAAUCCGACUGCUUCCUCUUCGCCUCACCGGAAUACAACUAUUCCGUCACCGCACCGCUCAAAAACGCCAUCGACUGGGCGUCCAGGCCGCCGAACGUCUGGGCGGAUAAGGCGGCGGCGAUUGUUAGCGCCGGCGGCGGUUUUGGUGGCGGACGGUCGCAGUAUGUGCUCCGGCAGAGUGGUGUUUAUUUGGAUUUGCAUUUUAUUAAUAAGCCGGAGUUUUUUCUGAAUGCGUUUGAGUCGCCUCCGAAGUUUGAUGAUGAAGGGAAUUUGAUUGAUUUGGAAGCUAAAGAGAGGUUGAAAUCUGUUUUGAAUGCAUUGAAAGCUUUCACGUUGAGGUUAAACAAUAAGUGAGUGAUUCAAUGGUGUUUGUUUGUGGACUUUUGGUUGUGUGAGUUGUUGAAGGUGGAUGGGUUAUGUGAUUUAAGUUGUGAAAAAUGAAAAUAAAAUGGAAGUCGAUUCUUGUUGACUUGUUUGUUUUGUGAAGUUCUGUUUGGAUAUAUGUUUAUAUUUUUUGUAAUUCAACCAAGUUGUAAUAAAGGAAUUUGCAUA